AUGCUACCUACACCAAAGCAAUAUGUAUACGCAUACCGAGGUCUCUACCGAGCUCUAUUGCAUGCUGUACAAUAUGCAAAACCAGCACGCUACAUGGGAAGAAACAUGUUGAGAGACGAGUUUCGCAAAGGAAAUCCGGAAACCUUUGAUCAAAUACGAAUUGACAAUACCAUCAAAUUUCUAAAACUUGCAGCCAAAGAAACUGGUCUGGAGCACAAGGAAAAGACUCCUAUGCAGAAGCAUUUGAGGCAGAACACCAUGACACAUUAUGACAAAACUAUUGAAAUGCUCAACGAAAGUAUGGGUCUGUGUCUACGUUGA